GGCCGGGCGGCCGGGCGAGAACCCCCAACGCGUCGUCCGCUCGUGCGCCCGCCACCCCCGCGCCGCCGGCUCCGACGCCCAGACGCCCCAACCGGGGUGGCCGCAGUAGUGGGCCCUCCCUCUUCUCCCAGCUCCCCGGCAGGCCGCGGGCCGGCAGGUGGGAGGCAAGGUGGCAGCCAGGGCGAGUGACACCGGAGGGGCCACGCUUGCUUAUCAACCUGCCGGCGACACCAGAGCACCCGCAGCUGCGAGGCUUCCUCUGGCCUUGGGCAAAGCAUGACUUUCAAAAAUCGAGUCUCCUAACAUAGUUCCCUUUCCAGUCUGCGCCCCGCACUCCUGGGAGGUGCCAGGGGCGGUGGGCCGUGGCACCUGGAGACAGACUCCAGGCUGAGCCCCUGUCCUCUGGGCACCCACUGGCCCACCUCCUUUCUGGUUCCAAGUACUGGCAGGACACACCCCUGCCCAGAAACCUCUGUGCCCAUCACCCUAGACACCUCAGCUUAGCAGCCCCUGCCUCUGGAGUAUGCCGGGGACCCCACAUAUACUACUGCCUUUCCACUGGGGACGGAAAGGCUGUGGGAAGCAGGCGCAGGCUUUCCUGGGGGCCCAGCCAGCAGUCAAGGCUCGCUAAGCGCGCAGGACGUGGGCAUCAGUGGGCUCGACUGGCAGAGCUGCAGGGGCUCUUCGGAGACUGGCAGCAGCUAAGCGAGCUGAGUCUCAAGAAGGGGAUUGUCUUACCCCCUUGCCUCGGGGACUCUAGCUCACGGGCCGUGCUGGGCUGGGGAUGGGGUAUGUUGGAGCGCUGCUUCCUUGCCCAGGUCGUCCAUGGGUACGCUCCUACUGGCCUCAGAAGCCUCUCACCCACCAGCCACACCUGCCCAUCCCACAGUGCUCUUGGGCGCUGGCACAGCAUUAAAUAGACAAGACACCUAAACCCGGGAGGGCCAUUAUGGGGUGGCAAGACCCAUCUGGGCUGCAUCCAAGACUGCCAUAUCCCAGUUUGAAGCCUGAGGCUGGGGCGAGAUGGCCCUGCCCUCUUGUGACGCUGAGGGCCCAAAAUCCAGCCCUGCUUGCCCUUAGGAUGCUGCAGGCAGAGCCCAGCGGGGCUAGGUGUCCCUGCUCCCACCCCUCAAGGCCUCUGGCGAGCAGUGAGCAGGCAGUGAGAAGCCGGGGUUCUGGCCAGAGGGACCUGCAGGGGACUAAAGGGUGUGUGCUGUGCUCCAGGCCACCCAGGGGAGAAGGCCCCCCUCCGGGAGACGCAGGCAUGUGGGGCUCCCGGGAGCUGCUGCUGUUGUGGUUCCUAGUGUUGGCAGCGGGUGGCACCGGGCAUGCCUACCGGCCCAGCCGCAGGGUAUGUGCUGUGGCGGGGGCCAGGCCAGGCCCCGUCUCUGAGUCCUUCGCACAGCGUGUGUACCAGCCCUUCCUCACUACCUGCGAUGGGCACCGGGCCUGCAGCACCUACCGAACCAUCUACCGGACCGCCUAUCGCCGUGGCUUGGCACUAGGCCCUACAAGGCCUCGCUUUGCCUGCUGCCCAGGUUGGAAAAGGACUGGCGGCCUUCCUGGGGCCUGUGCAACAGCAAUAUGCCAGCCGCCAUGUGGGAAUGGAGGGAGCUGUGUCCGGCCUGGCCACUGCCGCUGCCCUGCAGGGUGGAAGGGCAGCACCUGCCACACGGAUGUGGAUGAAUGCGGCUCCGGAGGGGCAGGCUGUCCCCAGGGCUGUGUCAAUACUGUGGGCAGUUACUGGUGCCAGUGCUGGGAGGGGCACAGCCCAUCUGCAGAUGGAACACGCUGCCUACCCACAGCAGAGCCCCCCAGGGUGACCCCAAACACCGUGGCAGGAGUGGACACUGUGGCCAGGGCGGAGGUGCAGAGGCUGCAGGCUCGGGUCGAGGCGCUGGAGCAGAAGCUGCAACUGGUGCUGGCCCCGCUGCACAGCCUGAUCUCGCGGGCCCCAGAUGAGGGGCCACAGGACCCCGGCAGCCUCCUGGCCCGCUCCUUGCAGCAGCUGGACCGGAUCGACUCGCUGAGCGAGCAAAUCUCCUUUCUCGAGGAGCAGCUGGGGUCCUGCGAGUGCCGUCACCUCCCCGCCCUCAGAGGCCCUGGCUCUUCGAGGGGAGGUGGCAGAACCCAAGAGCAGUCCCCCCAAGAGCAGCCACAGGCCGGGUGACCCAGCCUCCUGUUCCGCCUCCAGUCUUCUGCAAGGAGGUCUGACAGCCCCGUCUUGGGCCCAAGACUGGACUGAGCCCACAAGCCCCAUGUCCCUCUGGCUAUGGCCCAUGUUGCUCUUGUCCCCAUCCCUCCGGGGGCUCUUGGGUGUCCAACGGGCCAGGGUGGGCUCCCACCAGGCCCUCCAGGGCCCAAGGGAAGGUACGAGGGCUCCCUGGCUGUGCCGGGAUGUGGCGCAUGAUAGGCAGCUCCCUGAGGUGGGGCGGACUUGUCCCCAUCAGAAUAAACAUGAGACUUGA